AAAGAGAGGACAGGAAAGGGGAAAGAGAAAGGGAAGAGAGGGAAGGGGAAAGGAAGGUUUGCCUGUAGCACAAAAAAAUCUGCACAGCCCCACACCCCAGAUCAGCCCGGUCUGCCCUGGCCCAUCCCAGGGACAGGUGCCCUGGCACCACCCGGUGCUGGAGAAGAACAAGCACAAGGUGACCUGACUGCCAGGACAGGGACAUGGUCACACUCCCAAAUCCCUGGGUGCAGCCUCCUGGGACCUGCCUGCCCACAUCCCCCAGAACAGCUCACUUGGGCAUAGAGGGGCUGGAGACCAUCCUGCACCACUCUCUCCCACACCUCUCGCUGGGGAGAGCCUCCUUCCCUUGAUCUGGGAGGCGAUGGGGGUGGGAGGCUGCUCAGCUUUGUCUCAGGGGUGGCAGGGAGGUGUCAGGACUGGGGGGAGUGCAGCCGCUGGGGGCUAACACUGCCUCUCCUCUCUGCCAGGGGCCCGUGUUGGAAGGAGAUCUAAGAUGAAGUUAUGGGAUGUUGUGGCUGUCUGUGUGGUGCUGCUCAACACGGUCUCCACCUCGCCCCUGCCCACCGGUAAGACGCCUCCCGAGGGGCCCCCUUCAGUGGUAGAGGGGCCUGAAGAUGAUCUCUCCCCCAUCAGCCUGCUGCCUCCCUAUGCUGUGCACAGUGACUCUUAUAAGCCAGAGGAUUACCCAGAUCAAUUUGAUGAGGUAGUGGACUUUAUUCAAGCCACCAUUAAAAGACUGAGGAGGUCACCAGAUAAACAGGCUCCGAUAUUUUCUAGGCGGGAGAGAAACCGACAAAAUGCAGCCACAAACAUAGAGAAUUCCAGCAAAAAGGGAAGGAGGAGUCAAAAGGGCAAAAAUCGAGGAUGUGUCUUAACUGAAAUACAUUUAAAUGUGACUGACUUGGAUUUGGGAUACGAAACCAAAGAAGAGCUAAUUUUCCGGUAUUGCAGUGGAUCUUGUGAUGCAGCUGAGACGACUUACGACAAAAUUUUAAAAAACUUAACCAGAAAGAAAAAACUAGUCACUGACAAAGUGAGGCAAGCUUGUUGCAGACCCACAGCUUUUGAUGAUGAUCUGUCCUUUUUGGACGAUAACCUGGUUUACCACAUACUGAAAAAACAUUCCGCAAAAAGGUGUGGAUGCGUCUGACAGCUGCACGCCAGAGGCAGCGCCAGUUUUGCAUUCCUGCUACGAUGCAAAGAGAGGGACCAAGGUUCCUGGGGAAAGCGUCUGCUCAGUGCGGAGAAAAGAGGACCAAGAAAGGAGAAAAAGGGGUUAUGAGAGCCCAGGGGCUGGGAGAAAGGCGGAACAGGAGGAUGGAGGCUUUUGACAUCCUACAGGAGAAUAAAUAAAAGCUCAAGUGGAGAUGCUGAUGGCUGGAUGAUGUGCACGCUCUCUUUCCCACCAUCAGUGAGACUCAGAUCCAUGAGGAAUGUGCUUAAAAACACAACCCUGCCAUACCAUGCUGUGUUGUAGUUAUACCAUCUGUGCCAGGAAGCUUAGCUGAGAAGUAGCUUAGGAGUGUGUACCUUACUCAUCCUAUGUGCCCUCAGCUUUACUGAAAGACACAUUGUGCUACUGCUCAUUGAAGGGUGGUUCCUAAACACUUAGCACAACUUCUAAGCUAUAAUAAGAUUAAUCUCAUAGGUAAGAUGAUAAUCGGGCAAAUAUCAAAAUUCCCAGGCUCAAGUUCUCUAGGGCCAGUACCAACAUGAAGCAAACCAGUUCCACUUCCUGUUUAAGUUUGGUUAUUUCCAGCUUGUGUUUCUUCAAAAUGAGCAUAGGAUUUCAUUCUUCUGCUACCUGUGAAAACAAGUUGAGUUUUUAAGCACUUCUUCCUAUUAUAGUAAGAGAAAUAACAAGCCCGGUCUACACAAAACGUGUUUCUUUAGGUUUACAAAGGACUAGUAUCACUUGCGUAACUGCAUUUCUAUUUGGUCAUUGUGAGUGAGCAGAGACUACUUGAUGCAAUGCAUCCAUUCAGAGACAUAAAUAUACAGAAGAUAUUUAUUGAGAUUAAGUUAUUGUUAUUUAUUACAGUUCAGUAAUGAGUCUCCUUAUUUAUUAAAGUUUCUUUUUGAAGGUGCCAAAGUAGAUGGUGCUUGGAAGAUACAGAGAGACAAUGAAGUUGGGAACAACAGUCUAUACUUUUGAUUGAAAGUGUUAACUUGAAUGCAAAAAAUCACUUACUUUACCUUUUUUCUUUUAAAGAAAAUCAUUCACAAAAUGUAGUGCCAAAGCCUGCAGUCCUUCCUCCUGUUCACCACUACUUUUGAAAAUUCCUGCAGUCAUACAUGUGCAGGAACAACAAUGGCUCUGAAUGAGUGAGGGUCACAGGGCUUGGCUCAACAUUAGUGAUUUGUUAGAAAAACUAAUUCUAGUUGUAUUUUAAAUGUAGCUACAUAUUUUUCUCACACUUCUUGCCGACUGACCUCAUAUAACUAUUGACAAAUGGAAAGUAAUCACAUUUAGCCUUAUAAUUUCUUGUUAUAUUUAUUUAAGCUUUUCCUUCAGUAUUUCCAUAUAGAAGAGGUUAAACCCUCUUACUAGUUAGCCCUGGAUUUAAUAUAGCUUGCAGGUAAACAAUUGUGUUAAAUAACCAGAGUGUUAUGUAUAAUUUGCUGAAACCUCACAGGAUUGUACCCAUGCAGCAGAACAGUCUGAGUUUCCUGAGGAUGAGGGAGGUUGUAAAGCAAAGGCAUUCAUACCUGACCACUAACACAAGCUCUCGUUCUGGAGACCUUUUUCCUGAAGGAGCAGCAGGGCAGGUCACUAGACAUACCUGACAAUCAGUGAAGCAUCAACUCCCACAAAAACAACAGGAAAAAAAAAAAAUCCAUACCAAAACCCAAAAAACAGUGGUCCAACCUUUUAUCUCAUGCAUGCAAUGACUCUCCAUGCUCAUUUUACCCUGGGGCCCCUUAGGGGGGGGUGGUAAAGAAGGGUGUAGAAGUCAAAAAAGUCCAGAACAGGCAUAGAAAGAUGUACCAUGUAUAUGAAAUACAAUUCAGCUCCAAUCUCUGUUGCUUUCCCAUGCAGAUGAAGGGCAGUCCCAGAGCCCACCCACAGGGUCCAUUCUUGCACUGCCAUGGGAACACCUUUUCUUCCACACGGGGCAGGGGUGGUACAGCUGAUACCACCACCAGCAAAAAUGCAAAAAAUGUGCACUUUUGGGGCAGUAAAAGCCUGCUAAGCUGAGGGUCAGCUGUGCUUCUGGGUAGCUGACCAGCGGCCGCACUCAGAGGCAUGCUUUCAUUUGCCCCAGUUGCUGAAAACUUGCUCCAAAGCAUUUCUGUGCAGCUUGAAGGGGAUAUAAACAAACAAAUCACUAUGUUCAAAAUACAAAAGGGUAAAGUUUGUGAUUUUUUUUUUUUUAAUUUUUUUAGACCUUACUGAAGACAGGAGCGUGCUUCUCGAGUUUUUUACUUCACCUGCAAUUUAUGUCUCAGUCAUUUAUGUUAAACAACCAAAGUUCUCUACAGACUUUAUUUUUGUACAAUAUUCAUUUUAUAACUUUUUACAAA